UGCGCACUGCCGACGGCUUAGGUGCGCGCAGUCUCGCGCAACUUGCAGCAGUCGGGGUUAUAGCAACAGAAAAGCCCGUCGACACAACGGGACGACUGGGAGAGGGACACUGUCGCACUUCAGUCUUUCUUUAAGGUGGUCCACCACAACCUGAUUUGGAACAUUUCACACCGAACACACACACAGGACACAGAACAGGAGGAUGGCGGUGAAUGUCUACUCCACUUCUUCCACUUCCACCAUAGAGAACCUGAGUCGCCAUGACAUGUUGGCAUGGGUCAACGACUCUCUACAGCUCUCCUACACAAAGAUCGAGCAGCUCGGUUCAGGUUGUGCUUACUGUCAGUUCAUGGACAUGCUGUUUCCAGGGUGCAUAUUGUUGAAGAAAGUCAAGUUCAAUGCUAAACUGGAACAUGAAUACAUCCACAAUUUCAAGGUCUUACAGGCUUCAUUCAAGAGAAUGAAUGUGGACAAGAUCAUCUCUGUGGAGAGGCUGGUGAAGGGCAAGUUCCAGGACAACUUUGAGUUCCUUCAGUGGUUUAAGAAGUUUUUUGAUGCCAACUAUGAUGGGAAAGAGUACGACCCUCUACUAACACGGCAGGGCCAGGACGGAACGCCACCUCCACCUAACCCAGGCCCCAUGAGAACAUCUCCCACAGUACCAAAGACUGUUCACCCCCCCCAGAGGCAGAACAACAUAGCACCAGCCCGCAGGAGCACUCCCAUGACCCGCAACGGAGGAGACGCUGAGCUCAUAGAGCUCAACCAGCAGCUGCUGGAUCUGAAGCUGACUGUAGAGGGACUGGAGAAGGAGAGGGACUUCUACUUCGGAAAGCUGAGAGACAUCGAGCUCAUCUGCCAGGAAUACGAAAAUGAUAAUAAUCCAGCCCUCAGCAAAAUAAUGGAUACACUGUACGCUACAGAGAAAUAGACAUACAGCUAAGAACAAGGACAACAAAGCUGAACUAAGGAGGGAUUUGCACCACCAGAGGAUGAAGAAAUUGACGAAGGAGCACAGGGAGACCAGGAGGAGUUCUGAACUCUUCUUCCUCUCGUUAUCACCUUCAUCAACCUGCCCCCACCCCCAUCUUUCACCCUUUAACCUACCUGAUCAUUAUUGUAAUAAUCUCCCUCUUUUUCCUCUUUUAUUUUAUUUUUUACAAUCCCCCCCUUACUUCUCCCAUCUUGUCUGCGGCUGUCCAUUUCCAUGAUGACUUUGUUACACAGCCUAGCUUCCCAGUUCUUACUAGCAAAAGACACUUAAUCCAGACCUGUCUGGACCCAGCAGCCUGACUUGGCUUACUCGACUUAUUCUUAACUGUUACCAGAGUGGACAGCUGCACUGCAGGGCUAGUUUAGCCUGCUAGUUUGUAGAAAGGUUUAAAGGGUAAUUCCAGUAUUUUUAAACCUGGGCCCUAUUUUUUCAUAUUUUAUAUUCUAAGUGACUAAUUGGUACAAAAAAUGGAAUUGGUCCAGUAGAUCGCCUCAGCUUGCAGCCGCAAAACGGGCUGUAAUGGCUGCAACGUAAUCCUUGUGGGCAAUUGCACAAGUCAGAAGUGCUUGUUUUUGCCGCUGAUAGGCUCAGAUUGUUAUUCUAAGUGUCUGACAACAUUAUGGAAAGGAUCGCUACAAAAAGGUCUAUCUCUGUAGGGAUCCUUUCCAUAAUGCUGUCAGACACUUUAACAGAAUAACAAUCUGAGCCUGUCAGCGGCAAAAACAAGCGCUUUUAGUGGACAUACAGUACUUUUGACUUGUGCAAUUGUUUAAAGGAUUGCGUUACAGCCUGUUUUGCGGCUGCCAGCUGAGGCGAUCUACAGGACCAAUUCCCAAACUUUUAGUUCCUAUUUGUCAUUUAGACCCCAAAAUAUGUAAAAAAAAAAAAAAAAAAAAAGGGUCCAGGUUUAAAAAUGCUGGAAUUACCCUUUUAAGGUUAAUAGCAAUGAGAUUACAUGGAUCCAGCACUUACAGCCUGGAGCCAGCAGUGCUAUCAAUCUGUCUGUCUGAAGAGGCAGGUCACUUUCGCUCACGAUGCACUUUGAUUGGUGUCCACAUAUAGACGCGCACAUGCAUUAGGGUUUAUGCAGAGUUUAUAUAUGAAACCACACAAUGUGAUCAGUUUUUGGAUAUUUCGGCUGGAAAUUUCAGAAGGUGAGAUUAUAAAUUGCGUUAAGCCCCUUUAGAAAAGAAAGAGGUCUGCACAUAUAUUUGAAACAUAUUGCACUUGUGAUACAUUUAGCCCGCAGACAUAUCACUGACUUUGAACUGCUCACAUGUACAUGCAUAAAGAAGUCAUCAUUCCAAGGUAAAAACAUCACAGAUAUGCUCUUAUUCAUCAAGUUGUCCCACCAGAGAGGGUUUGCUCAUGAAACUGUUUUGACAGCAUGAUGUAUUUAUUGUUUAAUUUAUUUAUCUUUUUUUUAUUUUUUAAAUCUGCUCUAAUACAGUUUCUGAAAAAAACAACACAUUUUGGAUUUGGGGAAAUUGAAGGUCUUGCACUAAAUGUAGCGAAACAAACCAACUGAAAUGAUCCAAAAUGCCAACAUGCAGUGACUGGCUGCAUCCAGAAAGAUACAGGAAGAUGCUUUUAUAUUUUGUAGAUUUAUUUUAAAGAAAUUUGUUUUUUUUAUUUGCAUUGAAUUCCUCAAUGGCCAAGUCAGAGGCGUCAGCGUAAAAAGUUAUUUAUCAGACAAGUGUCAGGCUUUUAACUAAAUAAAUGUACAAAAAAAAAGUAAAAUAAGUAAGACUAAAGGCAGACACUACUAAAUACUAAUGUUUGACUGUGCUGAUUGAGUUAAACAUUUUAGCUGCUAUCAUUACUUUUCAGUUGCCGUAUUUGAUUUUGUUGCAAAGUGUUAAAACGCCACAGUGGCUGCCAAGGAUCUAGUUUAUUGUGACUGACAGCCAGGCCGAGUGUGAUUGACAGUAGUCGUCGGACCAGUCUGAGAGAACAAUAGCUCAAACCCUCUCUCACCGUUUGUUGCCAUGGCGGCCGUGUGAUAAACUUGCAUCAUUUGGAGUCCCUGCUGGAAUGAAAUAAAGCUCUGAGGUCCAAGAAAAGUAACAAACCUUA